AGAUGGGCCUGAGGCCCUAAUGGUCUGGUUUAGUUACAUCUCACUCAUGUCACACAUUGUACAUAUGACGUUUUAGAGAGAGAAAGUGUGUAGAAGAGAGAGAUGGCAUCUUCUUCCUCAAUUCUGGCGGCAGCUGCCAAGAAGGUUGGAUCCGCCGUCCGCCGGCCAGCGCUAAACUUAACUGACGCCGCAGCUGCUAGGAUACGCGACCUGCUACAGCAGCGCCAACGUUCUUUCCUCAAGCUCGGCGUCAAGGCUCGCGGCUGCAACGGUUUAUCCUACACCCUCAAUUAUGCAGAUGAGAAAGGGAAGUUUGAUGAGUUGAUUGAGGACAAGGGUGUGAAAAUAUUGAUCGACCCAAAGGCCCUCAUGCAUGUCAUAGGUACCAAGAUGGAUUUUGUUGAUGACAAACUCAGAUCGGAGUUCAUAUUUAUCAAUCCAAACUCUAAAGGGCAGUGUGGUUGUGGAGAAUCCUUUAUGACAAGAAGCAGUGCAGAAGCUGCUAAGCCUGGUGGUAGUUCAGGAUCAUAAUUUUGACAGAUUUGCAGGAACUGGAUACAUUGCAUUCUACAAUCCCAUAUAUAGCUAUUUCAGACAGAGCUGACUUAUUAUUUGCAAGGAUGUCAUUCAGGGCUUACAAGUGACAGAGGAUGAUCCUUACCGAAACAAAGGAUACCAGUCAGGGUUUACAAGUGACAGAGGAUGAUCCUUACCAAAAAAAGUAAGAAAUAGAGGAUGAUAAAGUGGACACCGGCGCCUAGCAAAGUUCUUUUUUUUUUUUUCUUUUUUUUUUUUCUUUUUUUAAAUAUAUAUUUGUUUGUAGUUAUUGUUCCUGUAAAAUUCUGUUGUUUUUGGUUGCAGUGAAUGGACAUUUUUAUUACAUUCAAGUUGAAUAUUUGUAACCAGAACAUCAUCACACUAUGUUGUAAAUAUGAGAGAAGACUUCUUUGUCUAUUUGAAUUCUAUUUAGUCUAA